GUGUCGCCAUGCCCGGCCGCACUGACGACUACGAGGUGCUGCUCACCAUCGGCGCAGGUUCCUACGGCAAGUGCCGCAAGGUGCGCCGCAAGGCCGACGGCAAGAUCUUGGUAUGGAAGGAGCUCGACUACGGCUCGAUGACAGAGGCAGAGAAACAAAUGCUUGUUUCGGAAGUGAAUUUGCUUCGUGAGCUGAGACAUCCGAAUAUUGUCCGGUAUUACGAUCGGAUCAUCGACAGAAGCAGCACAACCCUGUACAUCGUGAUGGAGUACUGUGACGGGGGUGACCUGGCUAGCUUAAUUGCAAGGUGCACAAAAGAAAGGCAUUACUUGGAAGAAAGCUUUGUUCUCAGAGUAUUGACUCAAUUGACAUUGGCCUUGAAGGAAUGUCACAGACGGAGUGAUGGUGGAGUCACUGUGCAUCGUGACCUAAAACCAGCAAAUGUCUUUCUAGAUGGCAAGCAGAAUGUAAAACUUGGGGAUUUUGGACUGGCUAGAAUAUUGCACCAUGACACCAGCUUUGCCAAAACAUUUGUUGGAACUCCAUAUUAUAUGUCUCCUGAACAAAUGAACCACAUGUCAUACAAUGAAAAAUCUGACAUCUGGUCUCUCGGAUGUCUCCUGUAUGAAUUAUGUGCUCUCUCGCCUCCAUUCAGAGCUUACAACCAAAAGGAGCUGGCAGAAAAGAUAAGGGAAGGGAAGUUCAGACGAAUACCGUAUCGUUACUCAGAGCAGUUGAAUGAUCUUCUCAAAGAGAUGCUGAAUGUGAAGGAUUAUUGCCGACCUUCUGUUGAAGAUAUUCUGCAACACCCCUUGAUAGCAGACUUGGUGACAGAAGAACAAAGACAAAAUUCUGAUAAAAGAGGCCAGAGAUCAUGGGAGCCAGAAAGGCUGCAGCAUUCAGAUGCUGUAGUGAAUGAACUGAAACGGAAGGAACAACAACUACAGGAGCGAGAGCAAGCCAUUAAAGAGAGAGAGCAACGUUUGGAGCAGAGAGAACGGGAACUCUGUGUUCGAGAGAGACUGGCAGAGGACAAACUUGCUAGAGCUGAAAACUUGAUGAGGAACUACAAUCUCUACAAACAGCAGAGGACAUUAGCUUGUGCAGAUGGUCCAGAUAAUGCACUCCUGCUCCCCUUUUCUACAACCAAGAAGAAAGUACACUUUGAUGGAAGUGAAGAGAAUGCUGUGCCUCCUGUUAAUUUGGAAAACUGUCCCCUUUCCAAAGGGAAAUGCACUGAUCUCAAAAAACGUCUAUAUGCUGCAAAUCUACGGGCUCAAGCACUGUCAGAACUGGAAAAAAACUAUCAACUAAAAAGUAGACAAAUCUUGGGCAUGCGCUGAAACUGUAACAUAGAUGUACAGUAUUUAACUUUUUAGAGUUGAUUAAAUGUAUAGGAAGAUACUUGUGCCUCCUGUUUUUAAGCUGGAAUCUACUGAAAAUAUAUUUUAAUAGUUGUUAUACAAGCCCUUAGUCUAUGAUAGGUAGUUCAUGAUAAGGACAUAAAAUAAUAUAUUAUGAAAAGUAGUUCUGAUACCAAAUUAAAUAAGCUGAAUGAAUUGUAUUAUUAAAGAAAAAAAUAUUUU